CUUAUUGUGAUUUCUAGCAAUUCCCGACCCAGACUCGCAACCCGACGCGGAAAACCAACAUCCCGACAAUGCCUAUUAAUUCGACGAAGAAGAAGAUGGCGAUGACGAUGAAGACGACCUCGUUGAAGAAGAUGAAGAAGACGACAACGUCUCGUUCGAACCCGCCACGCCCCGAGCAGUGAAGCUGAAAAUGGACGCUCUAGUCCGACGUAUGUUAAUCGGUACCGUUUCAAUCCACGUCCACGACGUGAUCAUCGAAGGGAACACAAACACCAAAGCUUACAUAAUCGAGGCCAAAGCGUCAGAAGCUUUGAAGAAAGCCACCACGAUGCAGGAGCUGUUGCGAGCAUCGAACGCGGUCAAUUCAUGGCUGAAAUCGCCCGGACUAUUUGAUUCCGUUAUGGUCACGCUCAAUUCAGGCCCGCCGGAGAUCCCUGGAAGCGCCAAUGUCAUUAUUGAGGUUCAGCAAGCAGGGAAUCGGUUUUCGGGAGAGAUUGGAGCUUAUACAAAAGCUGAGUUUAAGUCUUCCUCAGUGGAAGGAUCAACCAAGUACAAGAACUUGUUAGGGUUUGGGGAUCUUUGGGAUGGUUCAAUUCCAUAUGGUUUUGACCACUCUGCGCAGGUAAGUGCUGGUGUAUAUUUGCCCAGAUUGAAAGCAUUGGUGGCUCCUGCGACUGCUCGUGCAUACUUGUUGACCCAAAGAUCGGAUGAACUUUCCAACUCCCAAAUUAAUUCCUUUGGGCUGUCCAUAGCUAAAUGAUUUAUAUUUUUAGGUAUGGAGUGGACGCAUGCAAAGUAAACUGAAAUUCUUGACAGAGAAAACUUGGCAAAGCCAGCCUUCUCAAUAAGAAAAUGGAAAUAAUUUUCUCACAGUUUUAUUGCACGUUUUGAAUAAGAAACAAAGCACAUAGGCAACAACUGUUACGGUAGGAAACAGAGGUAAUUCUAAAGUUGAUUAAGAGGAUUCAGGCAAACUGAGAAGAACACUGGUGUUCAGGACGGGUGAAAUUUACUAUUUUACUUCAAUCCCAGAGUGAGCAAUUGCCAUUUCUAAUCCUCGUGCUGGUA